AAGAAACGAGAGUGCUAUUGUCAACACGGAGAAGGAAGGAUUUUCCACACACAAGAAGACGACUGGCUGGCUCGCAGCAGAAGGAAAGCGGAACGUGCGUUUGUGUGACUCCUCUCCCCCACCUCACGGCUGUGUGAAAACGGACCAAAAGAAAAAGAAACGAAGUGAUUACGGGAAAACCGUGAAAAGAAAAAAAAACAGUUUUUCGUGUGCCUGCGUGAAAAUUCAAGCGUGAUUUUUGUGUACCCAGUUUGAUAACCUUCUCCAAAAACUCCGCUCGCGGCGGCCUUCUCCCCCCUCCGGAUGUGCAUGUUUGUGAAGCUCCGUGUGUUUUGUGUUCCUGUUGCGCAGCGGAGUUUCUAGUUCUCGAAGUUUUCUUUGGUUGCUGUUCGCUGUCGCUACCCUUCCACACCCCCGUUUGGCACAAGUUUUCCGUACGCAUGCUGGCCCCCGUGCGCUAUGAGUGAAAGGUGCCGUCGGUUGGCAGGCAUUGGCAGCAACAGCGCACCGAGCGGAGCAACCGAACUGCGAAUUGACGGCAUUGGCAGGUGGUGGAAACGGUCGAAGCAGCAGCGGAGAGGCGAGGGCGCUCCACCGUGUAACGACGGGUUCGUGUUGGCAUGGUUGUGUACCGCGGAACGUAACGCCUUGUGUGUACGGUUGUCGUGCUCGUGCUCGUCGUGACGUGCUUCGAUGUAACUAACGUGGAUGCUGGGAAAGGCACCUCACAUUCACUCCCAAUAACUCCCGCAACUCCCCCACCCCCAGUGACUGGUGCUUUCUUAAGGCAGUGAAGACAGGGAAAGAGAAAGGGAGAGAGAGAGUGAAGAAAAGACUCCCCAGUCAGUUCCUUAGCCUUUCUCGCCACUAAUCCGGUGGGUGCCCAAAGCAAGGAGGUGGCGAUUUGGUCGAAGCGUAAUUGAAUUAUCUACCCUCCCGUGUAACUGUAACAGAGGGGGCAACCCGUAAGAGUGUGUGGACCGGCGGAGAAGAUACACUCACACACACACGGGCGAUUUUCGGAGAGGACAUCCAUCCACACAAGUUCACCAGCAUGAAAGCGAUCGAAGCAAAAAUUGUCGUACUUGGAUCGCAAGGUGUGGGCAAAACGAGCCUGGUGGUGCGGUAUGUCUCGAACGUGUACACGAAGGAAAUAUCGCCCACGAUCGGUGCGUCCUUUUUCACCUGCAAGGUCAAUCUGGAGGACUUUAAAGUAAAGAUGCAGGUUUGGGAUACGGCGGGCCAGGAGCGGUUCAAAGCGAUGGCCCCGCUGUACUAUCGCAACGCGAACGCCGCCCUGCUCGUGUUCGAUCUCACGCAGUACAACUCGUUCAACGAAAUCAAGGGCUGGGUACAGGAGCUGCAACGGAACGUGCAGGAACCGAUGGUACUGUCGCUCGUCGGCAACAAGCUCGACCUGGAAGCGAAACGUGCCGUCUCCCGGGAAGAGGCUAUGCUGUACGCGAACUCGAUCGGGGGCAACUACUUCGAAACGUCCGCCUUACACGAUCAGGGUAUUGAGCAAGUGUUCAUAUCGAUAGCGGUAGGAUUAAUUAAACUGUCGGGCGAGGAUGUCUGCUCGUCGCUGAAGCGGUACGAAUCGAACGAUUCCCUCGUACUGUCCGGAUAUUCAACGAGAGUAAACGGUGUCGUGCAGAUGGGCAUUCCGGUGGAAAAUGACAGUAUAUUAAGCGACGGUAUGGGCAGGCUGGAGACGCCUUCCUGGAGCCGGGACCACAUAGCGCACGGUGACGAGCAGCGGGUCGGCUGGUGCUGCUAUUAACACGGUUACUCCUCUGGACGACAGCACGGCUUCUCUAUACCGGGCACACCGGCAUGACGCAUAGACAAGAGCGCCCGCGCGCGCGCGCCCACGGAUCCGCGCGAACCUGUGAAGAACGAGGGGAUUUCAGACAGAUUUGUGAUAGCUUUUUAUAUUUAUAUACACAUAUAUACACACACAGACACACUCCAACACACCCAGCACACAUGAACAAAGGCGAGAAACACUACCCAACUCUCCUAGAUGACAUAGUAGAAACGAAAGCAGGGGAGUCCCCCAGGGUGUUUGUGUUUGCUGGCUCGGUGGGUGACGAUGACUGGAACUCGCUUUGUAAAACUGUUUGUUAGAGAAAUUGGAAGCAAAUCAUUUCAUUGAACCCGCUA